CGCCUCUUCCUAGUCCCAUCACCUGAGAACACUGCGCAUUGCUUUCGUUCCUUCGCAUUUUCUCGACUGGACAUUUUUCAUGGAAUCUUGCCUACCAACAUGUAAUGGAUAAGGAUGCGAUAGCAGCGAAAUCCAACAUGUCUAUCAAUACCGAUGUAGAGAGGUCUACCAAGCCAGCCGAUGUUAAGUCGUCGUCGCCCUCACCACAAAGGUCACACUCGAGCUCGAGUACCAGCAGAGCGACCCAUCGUCAAAGCUUUACAGAAAGCUACCGCAAUCUCCCACCAUCACCCCGCUAUCGCCACCCUUCCCUCACUCAAGCGGCGAUUCAGGAUCUCGUCAAUCACCCGCCUUCCACAAGCAGACACCAAAAUCCCAAGUUUGUUGGCCGAGAAUGGGGAGAUAUUACCAUAGGAGAGCUUGUUUCUCCCGACGACGUAAGAUGGAUCGACGUCGAAUGCAGCGUGGAGGAAGCGACUAUGAUGCUGCUACAUAGCCCAACCAGCGUUGUUCUCGUUAAGGAUGAAACUUCAGCUUCUAAUCCAACAUUUUGUUUCGACUACAACGACCUGAACGCUUAUCUUCUAACCGUCGUGGGACUCGCUGGACCCGACAACCACGACAUCAUGGUCAAGGCCCAAGGAGGAGCUCAUAUAGCACUUCGAGAGAUUCAAAGUCUUUGUUUCAGAGACACUAUCGUUAAGCUGAAUUCAAACGUCAGCCUAUCUCAGGCUAUUGAGAAGCUCGGUAGCGGAAUACACAGACUUCUGGUCACCGAUGCAGCCGGGGAUGUUAUCGGCAUUUUAAGUCAGCUCCGUAUGGUGGAAUUCUUCUGGAACGAGGGAAUCAACUUUCCCACUAUUGAUCGGCUCUACCCAGCUGCGGUGCAAGAGUUGGGAAUUGGCGGCCAGCCGAUAAUAUCCGUUCACGCCGAUGCUCCGCUUACGGACGCUCUCUCUCUCAUGUAUGAUGAGGGCCUCUCAAGCGUAGCCAUUGUGGACAAUGGACAAAAUGUAGUGGGGAAUAUUUCAACCAAGGACGUGCGGCAUUUGACAAGUUCCUCGAGCGCACAUCUACUCAGUGGCUCUUGCAUGAACUUCAUUUCUGUUAUUCUCAAUGAAAGAGGCGUAGAAAAGGGACAGGAUGUCUAUCCCGUAUUCUAUGUUAGCCCUUAUUCCACGUUGGCUCAUACCGUCGCCAAACUGGUGGCAACCAGAUCGCAUCGAAUGUGGGUUGUGGACUCUGUACCGCCACCAUCACCUCUGCCAACACCCGCCACGCCAACGGCAACAUCACAGAGCUCUGUAACGAGCGAUAUUGCUCCGGGAGCGAUCCCAUCUGCUGCCCCUGUCCUCUCGGUUCCAGCGGCUGCGAUGGCUGGUGCGCUGCUGUCGGGUAAGCUGAUUGGAGUUGUCUCGCUCACAGAUGUCCUCAAUGCGUUCGCAAAGUCUACGGGACUGCAUCCCUCUGAACCGUGGGAACAGAGGGCGCGACGGCGGCGCAGCUCGAGCAGUUCCGUGCGGCACAGUGUAGAAGCGUUCCGGUCCAAUAAUGAAGCAAGGAGAUGAGAUGUGAGAUUUGAUCAAUCAAAGACGUGCUGUACAGUGGACUGUAAUGCUAUUAUGCGCGCAGUGGUAUCGUGAACGUUGCUAUUGUUGAUUAUCUUUUAAGAGCAAUGCGAUAAUAUAUAAUCAAGUGUGCGCAUGCUAAUCUUAACCCAUGUAAUAAAAAAAACCAUGGCUACAAUACAAUGAGAAUACUUUGUAUCCGUGAGUGUUGCGUAUCAAGACAAGAGAACACGGAUUUCAGCCGAUGUCCUUGAAAAUCGCAUAGCCGCUUCAUUGUCUGUUUCAUCGUCGAAUUGACUUGCAACAGCCUCCUCCAAUCUCUCAAAGUCGCCACAGAAUCUUUCAGCAGCUUGUUCUACAAUCUCUCGAGCGAUCCCUGAGUCCUGGAGCCCCUUUAGCCUAUCCAUCGCAUCCAUCAAUGCGGACGGGAGGAAGUCGUCCAACUCCUGGCUAGCUUGGAUAACAGAAGACGGUGCUACUGAAGCAAGUGCGGCAUCUUCUAGGCUAUUUAGAAGCAUAUCCAAACCUGAUUUCUGGCGAAAUACAGCAUGUUGGUCAUUAACCAACUUAACAACAUCCUGUGAUAUGCUGUCUCGAAUUUCAUUUGCUCUGAAGGUCGUGCAUUCGUAGGUUUCUAGGCAAAGAGCUGCCGUGAGUUUGCAAUUGACGAGGAAUAUCCCACUCUCAGGGUACGUCAUCGGCUUCGCAAUCUCUUCGCAGCCCGACAUAUAUGGUUCAAACGCUUGUGACAAUAUACUUUGAACCUCACUUCCAGGGUCUGCGGACACAGACAAAGAAGAUUCAUAAGUCUGGAGAAUGAUGCCGAGCUGUUGGAAAGCAUCUUGGAGGAAUCGCGGGGGCUCUAGGUUGGGAGGAACUUGUUGAAAUUCACCUUGAAUAGAUAAAAUAUUAUCUCUCACAAGUGAUCGAAAUUGUCGCUUGGCUACUUUCUCUAAAGCUCCCGUACAUUCUUCUAGACCGGAACCCGCGCCUAGAAGCUUCUCAAAUGUAGCUCGGUAGAAACUGAGAAGCGUAGAAAUUUUAUAGGCAGGGAUUACAUCUUCGUUUGACUGAACUGCUUGCUCAACUCGCUGGCGCAGUAUUCGAACAACCGGCGAGAAAUUGCGAUCCAUUAAUUGAUUAAGUGCUUCAAGAACCUUAGAAUCAGUAUCGACAGAGACCUCAUCUGAAGGGAAGUGCCAAGGCUUUUCGUUGAAGCUCGGCAUUGAUGGAUUCAGCGCAUCAUCCUUUUUUAGAGUGAAUAAAGUUUCGAGCGCUUCUCGCUCACCCACUGUUGCAGAAUGAACCCAAGCAAACAUAUCACCGACAUAGCGGAGCGGAUCAUGUGCCGUUAAAUCAAUUGGCCUGGUAGAAGUAUCUUCUGUGCCCUGGGGCGUAAUGCCUGUGAGAGCACAGUGAAAAGCCUCAGAUAAAAAUCGUUCUCUAGAUGCCGCAAAAAAGUCAAGGCAAUUUUGAAAUAGAGAAGGUCGUUCAGCAAGCACUCUUAACGCUUGCCGCAUGGAUGGAUUCACAUGGGGAUUUUCUAGAUUCAGCGUCCUAAACUCUUGCUGAACCCAUUUGUAGAGCUUUUGGAAAGCUAAAUUUACAUGCCCGGAUGUUCGAUCGAUCAACUCCAAGCCAAGAGUUUGGUUUUCAAAUCCCAGGAGUAUGUCGCAACCAAGGGUGAUCUUUUUCGCUUUCUGGAGGCAGGUGAAGAAUGCAUCGUCAACCGGUUUCAACGUUGACGUCAGCAAAUCGAUUUCGUCUUCUGUCAGUACAAAGUAGCUCUCGACGGCGCUGAGAGUUUCUUGCUUCCUCUCGAUUUCCUUGUGUUGUUCAAAGAGAGAUGACAUAUCUCGCAGAGCAGGUGAGGUCUGAGCAUGUGCCAAGUCGAUUUGUCGUUUGAUAGCUUCGAUGCGAGAAUUCACUUUUUCGACAAGGCCCCGGAUGAGUUUUAAGCGCUCUACAACACUACCCAUUUCCUCGAUAAUUUCGCCAUUGCAAUCGAUUGCUUCUCGUAGGAGCUCUAGUCGGAGAAGGCGCCUAGUUUUAGCACUGCCUCUUGAGAGUCGCUCAUCGGCCAGGAAAAUUGCGUCGCGAAAAUCAUUAUCUGAAUAAGAGGUCGAAAGUACAGAUGCUACUUUUAAGACCAUAAGAUCAGCUCCUUUACUGCUGGAGAUAGCUGGUAAGGCGGAUGGUGAGCCAUGUGGAAGAGUAAGGCUAUUU